ACAUCGUUAUCCAGUAUCUCCAUCGCAUGAUGACGUAGACAGCUAUUAGAAUAAGGUUAUGAUGUCCUUAAAGUGAGGAAGUUACAUUACAUGUCAAUCCUUGGAAGACACGGAGAGCAAAGGCUUAGAAGAUAAAUAUAUGGAGAUAGAGCCCAUAUAUUCUCCAGUUAACAUAAACCAAGACUUAUCCUUUUUUCAUUGUGGGACUGGGAGAAGAUGUUAGAAGGUAAAGGUUUAAUUGAAGAUACCGACAUGCCGAUGAAGAUGCAGAUUCAGGCUAUGUCUUGUGCUUAUCAAGCUCUGGAUCUUUAUGAUGUUCUGGACUGCAAAUCCAUUGCUGCUCAUAUCAAGAAGGAUUUUGACAAGAGAUAUGGGAAUGGGUGGCAAUGUGUGGUGGGAACAAAUUUUGGGUGUUUCUUCACACAUACUAAAGGAACUUUCAUCUAUUUCACAUUGGAGACUCUAAAUUUCCUCAUCUUCAAAGGAGCUACUGCUUCUCCCCCAACUAUUCCUUAGUUUGAUCAAAGCUGCUGGGUGGUUUCAACUUUCAACUUUCAACUUUGAAGGAGGAGAGAUUAAUUAGGUAGUCAAAGAAACAGGUGGUGUAAUUACCCCUUCCUCUCUGUUAUUUCCCAGCCAGUGGGAUUUUUGUCUGCUAAGCUACAUCUGAAUAGGCUGUGAGGUUAGUGGUAAUGGUAGAGUUGAAGAUUUUGCAGGCUGAAAUUCCUGCAAAAGCUCUUUGUGGAUCACCAUAAUUGCCAUUGAAAAGCCUUAUUUAUGCUUCUUAUUUGUUUAAUGCCAUGUUAUGUUCAAUGAAAUUGUGAUACUGUUGUUAUGAUA